AUGGCAGAGCUGAAUCUGCGCAGCUGCGGGCUGACGGCCGCGGACCUGGAGAACUUAGCCCUCGCACUGAAGGACAAGACGCACAACAUCACUGCAGUGGAUCUGAGCGACAACGCCCUCGACAAUUCCGGAGGUGCCAAAGUGUUGGAGUAUUUGUUGGAGAAUGACUUGGUCAAAAGACUGGUGCUGAAUGAUAACGACCUCGGAGAUGACAUCGCCGAGGCAUUGGCAAAGUUGUUGCAGACAAACUCCACGCUCGAGCAGCUGGAGCUUCAAGGAAACUCGAUCUACACCGAAGGCAUGGCGUGCCUGGCGACUUCUUUACCCAAGAAUCGUGUGCUGCAGCAUCUCGACCUGGGCCACAACCAGCUCGGAAUUCACGGCGCAGAGCUCCUCGCGCCCGGCUUGCCAGCGUCCUCGUUGACAAGCUUGAGCUUGAGCGGCAACAGGAUCUGUGGAUCUGGUUCGCAGCAGAUCCUACUGAGCAUCAAAGAUUCAGGUAGCGUGGCAUUCUUGGACCUGGCUAUGAAUGAAAUUGGCUCGCAGGGGAUUGAGCUCAUGUGCUCUGCUUUGGCAGAAAAUGGUACCGUGACCAGCCUCAAUCUGGGCAGUAAUCGCAUAGAUGCAGACGGCGCCGUGUGUCUUUGCGCCGCAAUCUCGGAGAAUACGGCGUUGCGCAUCGUGACGUUGCAGCAGAAUGAGCUCGGCGAACAGGGUGCCGCCUCUGUAGCCGACAUGCUGGUGAAGAACGGGCGACUGACCUGCCUGGACCUCACGGGCAACAGCAUUGGUGAUGUGGGCGCCGCUAACAUUGCCGCUGCCAUCGAGAAGCACGGCAGCUUCAAGAGUCUCGCGCUGGCUCACAACUCCAUCUCUGACGAGGCCGCCGCUUCCCUGGCGUCUGCCACACGCUCGUCACCACUGUGCUCUUUGGCCUUGGCUGGGAAUGCGAUAGGAGAUGAGGGUGGCUCCCAUCUGCUGCAGGCAGCUACGGAGAAUGCUGAGCUCGUGGUCCUGGACCUUCUGUAUAACAAUAUCAGCUCCGAGGUCUCUGACGCUAUCGAGAAGCUGCUCAGAGAUAGGACAGGGUAG